AUGCGAACUGAGGCAGAUCCCAUGACUCUAGUAUAUCGGGACUGUCUCUUUGGCAAAGAAGUAUUCUACGCCAAGAAUGAUGGCAUUCGAUCAAAGGACCAUGUAUUAUCCCUGGUCGAAUCAGAGAAAAAGGCCUUGUGUCCCAUAGAUACUAAGCGCUGGAUAUUAUCAGACGGGAUUAGCUCUUUGCCGUAUGACCAUUUCCGCAUCAAGGUGUAUAAGAAUAUGGUCAAAGAUGGUAUCCCCCAUGAAGAGGCCGAAAAAAGAGCUAUAAGGGCUAAGCUCCCAGAGAAAUAUCAAAAUGAAAGCCAUAGAUCGAUAGUUCAAGGAAGUCUAAUAGUCCGAAAAACUCUGGCUAGCCUACGAAAUUCAUCCGCAGUAUUUGGUAUAUAG